CUGAGUACCUUUAGUGUUUUCAAUGAUGUGCAGCCUAUACAUAUCUGUUUCCAGCUCAAAAAAAAGUGUUUUGGGGUUUCAUGACCCUUUAAACUAUAAUCCAGAAGAUGUCUUGAGUUUUUGCAUUGUAUUGCUUGAUUAUAGUAAACUUUCCUACCAGUGAGUGACAUUUACUGUAUUAUGUACCUGCCCUAACCUUUGAUGUUAAUUUUUUUAUGUAUUCUUUACAGAAAUCAGUGAAGAUUUGACAAGAUCUACGCCAAAAUGCAAUUCCUUAACCUAUUGUGGCUUGUGGCCAUCUGCGUGAUAGCGUGUUUCUUCUUUGAUAGAAUAUCAUUUAUUAGAAGCAGUCUGCUGUUACGUGCUGGUGUUGUAGAGACGAGGCGUUCACGGACUUCCACAGUGAAUGGUGUUAGAGAGAUCAAGAGUGAGUUUGCGGAAGAGGAUGAGAAGGAGGAAAGUGUUGGGACAGUGGUUGGAAUAGACCUCGGGACGACCUACUCCUGUGUUGGAGUGUUCAAGAACGGUCGUGUCGAGAUCAUCGCCAAUGACCAGGGAAACCGCAUCACUCCAUCAUAUGUGGCCUUCACCACUGAAGGAGAGCGUCUCAUUGGAGACGCUGCGAAGAACCAGCUGACCUUCAACCCUGAGAACACCGUUUUUAAUGUCAAGCGGUUGAUCGGCCGCACAUGGGGCGACUCCUCCAUGCAGAAGGACAUUGAAUACUUUCCCUUUAAGGUUAUUGAGAAGAAGAACAAGCCUCACAUACAGCUGGAUAUUGGAUCAGGUCAAAUGAAGACUUUUGCCCCUGAGGAAAUCUCUGCAAUGGUUCUGACUAAGAUGAAGGAAACUGCAGAGGCUUACCUGGGACAGAAGGUCACACAUGCUGUGGUCACUGUGCCCACUUAUUUCAACGACGCCCAGCGACAGGCCACCAAAGACGCAGGAACCAUCGCUGGUCUGCACGUCAUGAGGAUCAUCAAUGAGCCAACUGCUGCCGCAAUUGCUUAUGGUCUAGGCAAGGAGGAUGGUGAGAAGAACAUCCUGGUGAUCGAUCUGGGCGGUGGGACCUUCGACGUGUCCCUGUUGAACAUCAACAACGGUUUGUUCGAGGUGGUGGCCACCAAUGGAGACACUCACCUGGGCGGGAUAGAUUUCGACCAGCGCAUCAUGGAGCACUUCAUCGAGCUGUACAAGAAGAAAACCGGAAAGGACGUGCGCAAGGACAACCGUGCCGUGCAGAAGCUGCGCCGUGAGGUGGAGAAGGCCAAGAGAGCGCUGUCCGCCCAGCACCAGGCCCGCAUCGAGAUCGAGUCCUUCUUCGAGGGCGAAGACUUCUCUGAAACUCUGACCCGCGCCAAGUUUGAGGAGCUCAACAUGGAUUUGUUCAACUCCACCAUGAAACUAGUGCAGAAGGUUCUGGAAGAUGCUGACCUGAAGAGGUCUGACAUCGAUGAGAUCGUCUUGGUCGGCGGCUCCACUCGAAUCCCCAAGAUCCAGCAGCUGGUGAAAGAGUUCUUCAACGGCAAAGAGCUUUCAGAAGGAAUCAACCCCAAAGAGGCUGUGGCGUACGGAGCCGCCGUUCAGGCUGGAGUUCUGUCCGGAGAAGAGGACAUCGGUGACCUGGUGCUUCUGGACGUGUGCCCUUUGACCCUGGGCAUUGAGACCGUCGGAGGAGUGAUGACCAAGCUUGUUCCCAGGAACACUGUCCUGCCCACCAAGAAAUCCCAGAUCUUCUCCACUGCUUCUGACAACCAGCCGGCCGUGACCAUCCAAGUUUAUGAAGGUGAGCGUCCCCUGACCAAGGAUAACCUCCUUCUGGGAAUCUUUGACCUGACCGGCAUCCGUCCCGCACCCCGUGGCGUCCCUCAGAUCGAGGUCACCUUUCAGAUCGAUGAGAACGGCAUCCUCCGCGUCACGGCCAAGGACAAAGGCACGGGAAACAAGAACAAGAUCACCAUCACCAACGCCCAUAACCGCCUGACACCCAAAGACCUAGAGCGCAUGGUGAAUGAGGCCGAGCACUUCGCCGACGAGGACAAGAAGCUGAAGGAGCGCAUCGACGCCCACAAUGAGCUGGAGAACUACGCCUACUCUCUGAAGAACUAAAUCGGUGACAAGGAGAAGCUCGGCGGCAAUCUGUCGUCUGAAGAUAAAGAAGCCAUCAAGAAGGCGGUUGAGGAGAAGAUCGAGUGGUUGGAGUCUCAUCAGGAAGCAGAACUCGAAGACUUCCAGGCCAUGAAGAAGGAGCUGGAGGAGGUCGUGCAGCCCAUCGUGAGCAAGCUGUACGGUAGCGCGGGCGGCCCGCCACCAGAAGAGGGCGACAAACAGGGCGAAAAUGACGAGUUGUAGAUCGUCCAGCGACUCUGUUCAGCUGUGUCAAUGCCCUCGCCUCUCUAGAAGUGGCACUGGUGUACAUAUUGAACAUUUUAUUAUGAACUGGGUGAGUGUAAAGCCACAAAUCUCUUCGGGAAAGACUUGUCGGGUGCUUUAAAGAGUUGCAUUUUUUUUCUUAAUUAUUCUUCACUC